UUGUUUGUCCGUCCGAGCCUCAGACCGAGCGGAGACUCCGAGGCUCCUCCAGCACCGACACAGCGACACGCCGAGCACCGAGCACCACCGCCGGGCCCACACCGAGCUACGAGCCCCCUCCACAGACAUGCCGUCCGACAGGCCCUUCAAGCAGCGGAGGACAUUCGCUGACCGGUGCAAAGAGGUCCAGCAGAUCCGAGAGCAGCACCCAAACAAGAUCCCUGUGAUCAUUGAGAGGUAUAAGGGAGAGAAGCAGCUUCCUGUGUUGGACAAGACCAAGUUCCUGGUUCCUGAUCACGUCAACAUGAGUGAGCUGGUCAAGAUCAUCAGGCGCCGGCUGCAGCUGAACCCCACCCAGGCCUUCUUCCUGCUGGUCAACCAGCACAGCAUGGUGUCCGUCUCCACGUCCAUCUCUGAGAUCUACGAGCAGGAGAGGGACGAGGACGGCUUCCUCUACAUGGUCUACGCCUCGCAGGAGACCUUCGGCUGCUAGGGAGGGGGAGCUGGGGGAGGUGGAGGGAGAGGACGGGGUGGAGGUCCAGGAGGACGCCUCCUCCUCCUCCUCGCUGUGGUCAGUCAUUAAAGCCGGAGGAGCUGCUGCUGCUUCCAUCUUCUUCUUGUUUGUUCUGAUCCAGACACCACCAGGUGGAGGUGAGACGCCUGUACAGCUGCUUUAGUCUCGGUCCUUCACACUCGUUAGCUGAAGCUGAAGCAGGCGUCCAGACUCGGCUCCUCUCCUCCGUCUGGAAGCUAGACACUAGAUUUUUUAACUCACCUUUUUAAUUGGUAGAUCUUAGCCAUCGUUUAGUUGGUAGUUUGUUUGCCUCAUACGUGUUCUGUCAGCCUGAAGCUCACCUGGCCAACCUGCUGCUGGCUACCGAGUAGCUGACAAUCAGGCUCAGCAGCACCGCCCCGUAGACAUGUACAGUACAGGCCUGUCUUAUACAUGGCUAUGGUCACCGCGGCCCGCUCGGCCGCCGCCGCCGCGGUGAUGUCACACGUGCAAUACCCCCCCCCCCUCCCCAAAACCACGCCUCCUGUGGGCGGAGUCAUAUCACCAGGCCCCGCCUCCCUGUACAGACACCGUAACGUACGAACCGCUCGUUCACACACAAGGGAACUAGCGUUAGCAUUAGCAUUAGCACCGCUCCACCUCCGUUAAGAGCACAAAGGCCUCAGCGCUCAGCGCCACCAGGCGGCUGGACACGGUUCGCUCCGACGCAGCUGCUAGCUGGGUGUUAGCAUCCACAGCCCCUUUCAGACAUGAGCUGCACAACAUCUCUGCUCCAUGGGGUUGUUCAGGGGUUGUUUCAAGGCUCCUCCCAGCAGAGAGUAGAUACCAGUCACAGACCGGGUCGAACCAGAACAUCAUAUAAAUGAGCUGAAGUCAGGGUCCAUCCCGUCUCCUCACAGGGACGCCUCAUAGUGGUUCUGUCUGUAAGCAGCAGCUCGGUUCUGCAGGUAUUUAAUCAGAGGAAGAGCUCCUGAGCAGCUGGACAAUGGUCCAGACCCGUCACUGCUCUGACCCGGUGCUGCUGUCACACUCAGCUUCCUUGUUCCUCUGGCGUCAGGUUUGGUGCUAAAACAAAGAAAACUCCUUCCACCAAUCACACGGUCCCGUCGAUCCGGUACACCGACACCGUGAGACGCCGUCGGGUCAUCGCAGGUCGUCUGAAAGGGGCUUUGGGUUCUGACUGGUCGCUGGUUCGGAGCGACGGGAGGACGGUCACGGCCGAUCCUCCUGUUUGUGUUCACAGUAAAUCAGAAUGAACCCGUGGAGCAGCGAGCGGACCUCCCAGAAACACUACAGUAGCAUAGCGCCACCAGGUGUGUUAUGUAGGACAUGAACGAGCUUCUUUUGCACAUGAAUUAAUAGGAUUAUAGAAGAGUUGGCAUAGAGCUGAUGUUGUAGGACUUCCUGUGUCUGUCGUCUUUCUGCCUUCUCUCUAACAGCAGCUGGAGACUGGAGGCUGUGCUGCACUACCACAUGCAUGUUCUCUUCCUUUUUUUUUAUAAACGUAUGUUGAUUUUACGCUAUAACUGUUUUGACUGAGAUGUUUCUUCCCAAACCAAAAACUGAACAGAAGGAGAGUAUGUUUGAAGCAGACGGCGGAUAGAAAGCGAUCAUGUAACCGAGCUGCGUUACCAAGUGUGUUCCUUUAGCUCCUGUUUGUACAUAGACGCCUCAUUCAAAGCAUUUGCCAAUAAAUAAAUGAAUAAAAAGAAAACGUUGCCUUUAAA